AUGAGUAGCGAAUCGAACGAAACCGAAUUCGAAUGCGGCGAAUACGAAUCCGAAAUAUUCGAUAUAAAUGAAUUUACAAAACCUGAACCUGACGAAGAUGUUAAUUUGACUUUCGUUAACGGUGCCUGGUAUAGGGGUCGAGUUUCGAGAAGGUUAAUGGAAGGAGAAGGAACUUAUUUUUGGAACGACGGAACCGUCUUCGCGGGUGAUUUUAUCGGUGGUUGCGCGACGGGAAAAGGAAGAUUUGAUUUUUCCAAUCAAAACACUUACGAGGGUGGUGUUUAUAAAGCGUACAGGCACGGAGAAGGGAUUUACUGUUUGUACAAUUCUCCAGUCGUGUACACGGGUCACUGGUGGCUCGGUAAAAGACACGGCGAGGGUUUGAUCGUUUACAAAGAUCCAUCGAAAGAACAGGAUUUUUACAGGGGGCAAUGGGAAAAUGGAAUGAAAGAAGGUUUCGGGUACAGACAAUAUCCAUCCGGUUCGAAAUAUAUAGGUUACUGGAGCCGAGAUAAAAGAAACGGAAACGGUGUCAUGAUUUGGAACAAUAACGACAUAUAUCGCGGAGAAUGGAAAAACGAUUUGAUGAACGGUUACGGCGAAUACACUUGGAACGGAUUCAUAAAUAAAACUUUAUCAUAUCCGGCAACGAACACUUAUCGUGGUUAUUGGAUCGACGGAAAAAGAAACGGAAAUGGAAUUUUAGAAACGAUACAAGGGGUUCUCAUCGAUACGAUUUGGAAAGAUGAUUUAAAAUGGGGAUCCGGUACCGUCGUGUGCGUCAACAACAAAGUCGUCACGGCUAAAAAUCUUUUUUACAACGACAAACAAGGUUUGUUAAAUUCAAACGAUGAUGAUUUAUUAGGUUUGGAUGUUAAAAAUCGUACGCUCGGUAGAAGAUUUAAGAGUAAGGAAAACGAGGCUUUGGCAAAUUAUUUGACGGUUUCAAGAACGUCAAAAGUUAUCACCAUUCCGGCGCAUUCAUCGAUAAAAUCGUUAGAUUUAACAAUGCAUUUAACAAGAUAUAAAACUCACGUGGAAAAAUUUUUCGAAAAGGAUUUAAAUCCAUAUCCGAAACUCCCCAUAAAAUCCGGAGAUUUCGACGACGUCGAGUCUUUUCAUUGCAUGGAAGAAAUUUUCCUAUCGGAUCUUGCACUAACGCAAGAAGAAAAAUAUUUAAGAAAUGCAAUCACGUGUAGCGUAUCCGAAUUGAAAAAUUGUUAUAACCUUUACGCGACUUUGGCAUGCGAACAAAUCCCAUCGUUUAAAUGCGUUCUCCUAAGACUUUUCCUAUGGCAAUUCCUCAUUGAUUGCGAAAUACCAAAUAAUUAUCAAUCCCUCGUUGAUAUGGAUGAAAAAUUAGAAAAGUUACCCAAUUACAUGAUGUCUGGAAAAAAUGCAAUGACCGUUGCCGGCGAAUUAAAAUACAUUCCGAGUCCUUUGCCAUUUAAUUUUCCGGAAGUAUUAAAUUGCGAAGAAAUCAAUACGGAAAAACCCGAAUGCGAAAUUUUACAUUUUAAUAAAUUAAAUGCUAAAAAUAUAUUAGAAUGCCUGACAAAAGUUUGUCCGGGAUUCGAAUCCGACGGAAUCAUCAUAAACAUGAAUCACAGAGUAUGUUAA